AUUUGUGUUGUCUCGUGUGCAGGUCGCCCCACCGACCUGCAGUGAUCUGGAGGCAGCGACGAGGUGGGACGGCAGCCACACAGCACCACCACCACCUCCACUCUCACCACCACUAUCACCACCGGUGUCGCCCUCAUCUCUGCCAGCGGAGCCAACACCAUGGCGCAGUAGAGAUCGUUCUCCAUCAUGCAACUUAGGAACACCAUGAUUCUAGUGCUGGUGGUAUGGCUGCUGGUGGGGUGGGUACGGUCUCAACACGACGCUACCGCCAGCAGUGAAAGGGCAAGACGUGCCCACUUCAAGAAAAGAAUACUGGAGCGACUGGUUGAACGGGGGAUCAAAGUGUCAGAGCUUGAGAAUUUGGCCGAAGAGCUGCUGGCUCGCGUUGAUCACCACCUGGCCACCACCACCAACCACCACCUGGACACCACCACCAAUCACCACCUGGCCACCACCACCAACCACCACCUGGCCACCACCGAUUAUCACCACCUGGUGGGCACCACUCAAACGUCUCAACCUUUCCGCCACAAGCGUGACCACCUGAACAGCCAGCCCCGGGAGCCACACUUGCAGCAUUCCGUGAACCGUACUCCCUCCCAACUCAUAAGGGAGAGACCAUCCUUUGCUGAAAUUCAAGCGUACGCUGAAGUCUAUCCCGAACUCAAGGAGGUGGUGGAUAACCAUCGGCAGGAGGUAACAAAGAUAGAAGAAAUCAUAGAAGAGGUGGACGAUAAACAGGUGACGCGAGCAAUGGAACAGCAGCUGUUUGUAGCAGAGCUGGUGGAGCAGAUGAGAGACAAGCGACAAACGCCUCUUACAUCCAGAGAAGUGAGAAAUAGAGACCGAAGAAGGAGAAGGCAGGAACAAAGACAGGAGCGGCAAAGAAAAAGAGAGGAGAAAAAGUCAAAGAGAAAUAAAAAGAAAAAGAAAAGGGCUAAAUUCGAUCCGAAAGUGGAAAAUAUGAUAGAUCAAGAUGUGAUAACGGUUUAUGGGGAGGGUGGUGAAAAAUAUAUAGACUGCUGUCCCUCAAAAUCGGUCAUUGUAAAGAAAAUAGUAGGCAAAGCCGACGAUAACCACGCCAUGGAGAUACAUGCGAAUCACCAGCACUUUUACGAGCGUGUGUGUUUAGACGAGUACUUGGGUAAGGAGUGUAUCUUUCCUGUUAAGGCUCUGCGAAAGGGCACUGUCACAAGGUGUGUACAACAGUAUUCGUACUCACAGGCACUCUCACGCACCUACCAAUCUGAUGAGGAGUGGAAGAUGAACAAUGUUGAGGUGAAGACUGGUUGCGCAUGUCAGGUCAGUGUCAAGCGUAGAAAUAAAAAGAGAAAGAGGAAGAGAUGAGGCCGAGAUAGACCGGGCCACAGCCAGUGCUUGGCCCCGCAGGAUAUUCUUAUGAGAAUCUCGGCACUGUCUCGCUCCCUCCAGUGCCCCUUGUUUACAUUCUGGUCUUAACACUCGUGGUUUCUAUACCAAUACUCUGAGUAUUGGGAAAAAAGAGACAUCAUUUAAAAAUAUAUGAAAAACAAAGGUAGUGAUGGAAAAUCAACCAAAUGAGACCUACACUAAGUGUAUUGCAUUAAGAGUACUGACCCGGCUGCAGCUACAGGGGCGGCAGCAACUGGAGCUACACAAGAGCAGACAUAGCAGAGCUUGUGUCAAGAGCAGGUGGCGUGAGGGCACCCGCAGCAGCAUAGGUCCAGGGCACCACCUGCAGUAGAGGUUUAGGAUGCCGUCUGCAGUAGGGGCCCUGGACGGCGGCUGCAGCAGGGGCCUUGGACGCCGGCUGCAGCAGAGGUCCUGGAUGCCGGCUGCAGAAGAGGUCCUAGACACUGGCUGCUACAGAAGCCAUGAAUGCCGGCUGCUGCUGAGGCCAUGGACGCUGGUUACAGCAGAGGUCCUGGACGCCAGCUGCAGUAGGGGACGGGGCAGCGGCCGCGGUGAGGCUAGCAGCCGGGCCCCGCUUCAUUACCUCAGUGCUCACGUGUCCGCGUGAUGUACCUCUCGACGUGCCGGCCAGUCCGGUGAAACUCGCUAACACUCUCACCUUCACCUCUACUUCACUACCACUUCUCGAAUCUCACAAGUAGCAGAUCUUGUAUUUAUUUGGUGUAUUCGUAUCUUUAUUAACUAAUAGAUGUAUAUAGAAUUGGUCUGUAUAUUUUGAGUUUGACAUGACAAAAUCAUUUCUUGUCUAUUGUAUCAUGUAAGAUAAAAGUAUAUUUUUCUUUACUUUUAUUAAGUUUUACAAAGGUAUUAACCCUGGCGUGGAGAGCUCAUACCUUCCCCACACCUGCCCUGCCCACUGCCAACCAACACCCUGUUCUCCUCCACCAAUACCUCACAUACUUUACCAUCUACCCAUUACCCAAGUCCUUUCCACCUUCUAUACCUUCUUACAUGGUCCCUUAUCCAGAUCCCUGUGUCUCCUCACACCCCUACACUACAUUAAGCCUCUUAGUUACAAAUUUAUAUAAAUUAAUAUGAAGCAUCGAACCCGUGUUGCUUAUUCUUGUCAUACACAGUAAAGACAUUGAAGUAUUUAUAUUAUUACAACUUGAUAUUGUCAUCCCAGCUUCCAGUGACAACAAAAUAUGUUGAUAUAAUAUAAAUAGAAAUAUUAAUUACGUAAGGUAAUAUAAUUUAGAAGUCCUACUGUUACAACGCAGGCGAGAGAGACCAGUCAUAAUCUACACGUGGAAAAUCCCUAGAGGGACUGGUCCCAAAUCUGCACACACAAAUCACUUCCAACGAAAGCAAAAGACUAGGCAGACGGUGCAACAUACCCCAAUGAAAAGCAAUGGCGCCAAGAGUGCACAGUCUUGGGUCCUGGACACUUAUUGUGUCCAGGACCCAAGACUGUUCAACAGCCACCCACCAUGCAUAUGGUAAAUAACCAAUAGACCCCUGGCUGCCUUCAAGAGGGAACUUGACAGAUACCUAAAGUCAGUACCCGAUCAGCUGGGCUGUGGCCGGCAGCAACACCCUGGCUGAUCAGGCCCUGAUACACCGGGAGGCUGGUCAAGGAGCGCUGACCCACUCAACGACCACCAGGUAGACCCUCCCUAUGUAUGUAGCAUCACACACACACACACACAUACACCUCCAUGAAGCAUUUUAGUACCUAGCAGUUGUAAUACCAAAGGUCCCAGUGAGUUACAUAUCUCUCCAUCGCCCAGGGUCGUUACAGCCUCUGUAACCCAGUACCACAUUACUUAUUUUCAUUAAUAAUAACCUCUAUAACACCUGCAGACGAAGAGAUUAUACAUACUGGUCACAGCUUGCAGGUUACAUUGAUCAAAUAUUAUGGCCAAAGGUCGAUUAUAGAUAUCACCUCUUUAGACCGUAAUUUGUCGAAUUCGGCUAUUUUUUCAAGGUUACAGAAAUGUGACCACUGACCCAUGUUGUGUUAGACACCAGUCUAAAUGGUACAUAUCCACGGUGUUACUAGUUUAUGUGGUCGCUAGUCCAUGUGUUGCUAGUUUGUGUUCACUAGUCCAUGUGGUUACUAGUCUACGUGGCUACUAGGCCACGGGGUUACUAGUCCUUGUGGUUACUAGUCCAUGUAGUUACUAGUCCAUGUGGUUACUAGUCCAUGUGAUUACUAGCCCAUGUGGUUAGUAGUCCACAGUGAUUUUUUUUCCUUGUAGAAAAACUUAAGGUAUUUCCCACAAUAGGAAGUAUGAUAUUUCGAACUUUUAUUACGAUGUUUCGAACCUUUAUUACGAUAUUUCGAACCUUUAUUACGAUAUUUCAAACCUUUAUUACGAUGUUUCGAACCUUUCACCACGUUGUUUCGAACCUUUCACCACGAUGUUUCGAACCUUUCACCACGAUGUUUCGAACUUUUCACCACGAUGUUUCGAACCUUUCGCCACGAUGUUUCGCACUUCCAUUGCUAAGCUGGUUGAACUGUGAAGGGUCAUCAGUGCUGUGAGUAGAGACUAUCUCGCUGGUUGUAUGUCACUUUCACCCUUCCCCCAUGAAGGUGACACCUUCACUCUACGUGAAGGUGACGCGACACCUUCACUCUACGUGAAGGUGACGUGACACCUUCACUAGUGGUACCGUAAAGGUGACAUGACACCUUCAUUCUCCUCGAAGGUGACGUAACACCUUCAAUCUCCAUGAAGGUGACGUGAUACCUUCAGUCUCCAUGAAGAUGACGUGACACCUUCAAUCUUCAUGAAGGUGACGUGACACCUUCAAUCUUCAUGAAGGUGACGUGACAUCUUCAAUCUUCAUGAAGGUGACGUGACACCUUCAAUCUUCAUGAAGGGGACGUGACACCUUCAGUCUUCAUGAAGGUGACGUGACACCUUCAAUCUUCAUGAAGGUGACGUGACACCUUCAAUCUUCAUGAAGGUGACGUGACAUCUUCAAUCUUCAUGAAGGUGACGUGACACCUUCAAUCUUCAUGAAGGGGACGUGACACCUUCAAUCUUCAUGAAGGUGACGUGACAUCUUCAGUCUUCCUGAAGGUGACGUGACACCUUCAGUCUCCAUGAAGAUGACGUUACACCUUCAACCUCCAUGAAGGUGACGUGACACCUUCAACCUCCAUGAAGGUGACGUGACACCUUCAACCUCCAUGAAGGUGACGUGACACCUUCAAUUUCCAUGAAGGUGACGUGACACCUUCAACCUCCAUGAAGGUGACGUGACACCUUCAGUCUCCAUGAAGAUGACGUUACACCUUCAACCUCCAUGAAGGUGACGUGACACCUUCAAUCUCCAUGAAGGUGACGUUACACCUUCAACCUUCACUAACCUUCCUUCUUUACCCCUUUCAUUAUCAACUCUCUUCCUUCCUUCUUCAUUCAAAAUUUCCUUCUUUCCCUAUAUUAACCUGUUUUUUUAAUCUGUCUACCCAAGCCUGAUAGAUGUUUUCUUCUACCCAAGCCUGAUAGAUGUUUUCUUCUACCCAAGCCUGAUAGAUGUUUUCUUCUACCCAAGCCUGAUA